UCCGUCCCUCGCGCGGCUCCGCCCGGCGCCCCGUUGGCGUUGGCGGGAGCGGGGCGGGGCGGCGGCGGGAGCGGCGGCGGCUGCGGGCCGGGCCAGCUUCUACUGGACGUGCUUGGCAAGAUGGAGCCGCCGACCUCCUCCAGGCUGAAUUCCCGAAAGAGAAGAAAAGAUGGAUCUGGCCCCAACGGGGCAACAGAGCUGGAUGGAAUCCCUGCAAAAAUGUCCCGGCGCUCAUUCGGACUGAGGGAGCCAGCUCCAUUUUCAGAUGAAGUGGAAAUCGAUUACAGCAAACCGUACAUCAGAGUGACGUAUGAAGAAGCGAUGAGAGGGACCCCUUUGGAUCGUCCUGUCAGGGUUUAUGCUGAUGGAAUAUUUGACUUGUUUCACUCUGGACAUGCCCGGGCCUUGAUGCAAGCGAAGAACCUCUUCCCAAACACAUACCUCAUUGUGGGAGUCUGCAGUGAUGAGCUAACCCAUAACUUCAAGGGCUUCACGGUGAUGAAUGAAAACGAGCGGUAUGACGCCGUGCAGCACUGCCGCUAUGUAGAUGAAGUGGUGAGAAAUGCACCGUGGACGCUCACCCCCGAAUUCCUGGCAGAGCAUAGGAUCGACUUUGUUGCACAUGAUGAUAUUCCCUAUUCUUCUGCUGGCAGUGAUGAUGUUUAUAAGCAUAUAAAAGAAGCAGGCAUGUUUGCACCAACACAGAGGACUGAGGGGAUCUCAACAUCAGAUAUCAUCACCCGGAUCGUGCGGGACUACGAUGUUUAUGCCAGGCGGAACCUGCAGCGGGGCUACACAGCUAAAGAGCUCAACGUCAGCUUCAUAAACGAGAAGAAAUAUCACCUGCAGGAGCGUGUGGAUAAGGUGAAAAAAAGGGUGAAGGACGUAGAGGAGAAGUCAAAAGAAUUUGUCCAGAAAGUGGAGGAGAAGAGUAUUGAUCUCAUUCAGAAGUGGGAAGAGAAGUCUCGAGAGUUCAUUGGCAAUUUCCUGGAGAUGUUUGGCCCAGAAGGUGCAUUGAAACACAUGCUGAAGGAGGGCAAGGGCCGGAUGCUGCAGGCCAUCAGCCCGAAGCAGAGUCCCAGCAGUAGCCCCACGCAUGACCGCUCCCCAUCUCCCUCCUUCCGCUGGCCCUUUUCAACCAAGACUCCUCCUUCUUCGCCAGCCAACCGCUCCAGGAAUGAGUCUGCAGUCACCUAUGACAUCAGUGAAGAUGAAGAGGAUUAAACUGCCAGCCAGGAUUUGCUGCGAACUGCUAAUCGCUGAAUCCUAAGUCCAGACCCACCGGGGGGGGGAACUCUAAAUGAACAAGAGAGCCAUAGGAACAGGGCUGAUGGUGAGCGUAGGGCCUUGAAGGCACCCACUGCUCUUAGCAAGGGCUGCUGCCUGGAAGCACAUUCAAACCUCCUCUCCCUUCUCCCCAUAUUCCCUUUUUAUUGUUUACGUUCUAGUGUUUUCCAGGGGAAAGAUGGUUUUUAUAUUUUAAGAAACUAGUCUUUUAAAACACAAAGAAUAGCACCGAUGUGUGGCUCUUCUUUUUGGUUUCUUUUCCCCUCUUUAAACUCUCCGCAGGAGAUGGAGAGUGGUAAGACCAAUCUGUCCCUUUUUCCCUCCAGCUCUUCAGUCUUAUACCUCCCACCCCCAGGCAUUAUUCAUGCCACUGCCAAAUGGAAGACCCCUCAGUUCCUCAACCAGCAGCACCUCAACAGCACACAGGAAGCAGCCUUGCAUAGAGGCUGCUAGGAAAUAGGGACCUCUCUGCUGCACUGGAGCUGAUAGGGAACCCAUCUGGCAGACUCUGUAGAGCUCUUGUACCUCUUAGCUGAGCUUGCCAGCGUAUCACAGCAGGGGUGUGCUGGGAUGGGGCAGCUGGCUUACAGUGCAUGAGCUACACCCUGGAAGAAGUGUCAGCUCCACAGCAGUGCACCUUGCAAGUGUGCAGUAUUUGCAGCUCCAAAACUGCACAGAGGGCUGCAGGGGAAAGGCCUUUCCGGCCAGUCUUAACAAGACUGCUAAAUCUUUUAAAUUAAACAUUGAGCCUUCGGUUGCUGUUGGAGGGAAGUGAGUGAAUCUUUGCUUCAGGGCACUUGUCUGUGCAUUUCCUACAGUGUGAGAGAGCCCAGGUAGGAAAUGAAUGUGUGUACUCCUUUGGGAAGCUCCUUGUCUCAGUCUCUGCUGUGUCAUGAGUCUGUCCAAACAGCCCUUCAACACUGUGCUCUGUGCGUGUUUGUGUUUCAGUUGCUGGCUCUAGAGGCUGGAGCAGUCCUCAACCCUGGUGCCAUGAAGUUGCUGCUCUAAGGACACAACAUGACCUUGUACAGCCAACUCACUGUCCGUGUGUGCAGCUGGACAGAUGAAGGGCACAUUUUACAGCAGCAGAGGGCCACAGUCCUAUGUGACAGUUCCCUGCCUUGCACAAAUUUGUGCCCCUUUAGUCUGUUCUCAAGGCAGGCCGGAGAGCCUCAGAGUGCUGCAGCUUUUUCAGAUUUUAAACAUGCCUGCUGUUGUGUUUGUGUAGUGAGCAUUGAGCUGCCCGGCCUCAGCUCUAUGUGCUGCGUGCCCAUGCACUGAGCCCCUUCUGCAUUCUGUCCUGGCAGCCAGUGCUAGAGGAAGUAGGCUGCUGCUUCCCACUUGCUUAUCCAUUCAGGUUUGCCUGUGACAUGCAAAAUGUCCGGGUGAAGCUGCUGGGCUGAGCAGCCCAUGUGCUCCUGCAGUACUGGGAGCAAUACUGCAGGGCGCUCUUCCAAGCAGGACAUGGGAUUUAGGGAGCAGCGGUUGCAAGGAGAUGAGUCCAAAUGCUGCCACAAGCUCUGGGCUGAGCAGUGCUGCCAGGGAUGCUCCGGGGAAGGAGCGAGCUGCUGCUCAUCAGCUUUUACCUUGCUGAUCUCCUGUCACUGCCCAGAGGGCUUGAUGGGAGCUCAUAGGAAAGAAAUCUCUUUGCUCUGUGCUUCUGUUGAGGCUAGAGCCUGUGUGAGAGUAUUUGGGAGAUUCCUGAUCUGCUACUCGGUCCUCCAGCAGGGAUGUGCACAGCUCUGGGAGCAUGGCUGGCUGCUGUAGAUUUUGUGCUAUACAGAGCGAGUAAAAGUCGCUUGGUACAAGCCAGUUUUUACUCACCUGCUUUAUGAGUGAUAAAGCACUUCAUUUAUAUCACCCAUGUUCUUUCUUCCCCACCUUUCUCACCUCCCCUUUUUCACCCUUCCCUCACUCUGCAUGUUACCUUGCUUUCCCCAGCCAGGCCAUGCUGUGUCAGAACCUCGCUACUGUUCUAAACACAAGUUAUGCAGCAGUGUUCUGUACUUUGGGAUAACAGUGGUGUUUCGGAUGGUGGCUUGUCUCAUGGAGACCCUGCAUAUUCCUUGGUGUCUGCACAACCUGGGGUGCUUGGUAAGAAGACAGACAUGAUUUUACACGUAGCUUGGAAUAACAGAACUGUUUCUCAUAACCAAUAAUCCCUGCUUCCUCCUUGCACUAAAAUUAAAAUGGCCACUUGAAUUCUA